UUCGUUGGAAGGUGAGUGUCGUAUCCGUGUUCUUCACGCGUCUGCCUGCUCAUCUUCCCGGAGACUUCCACUGGCGCCGGCUAGUAAAAUGCCGAACCAGUAAAACCCAUUCGGCCAUUCCGUCCGUACUAGGCCCAGACGCUUAGUAAAAUGCCGAACCAGUAGCUUCCGCUAUUCGCCUCUUUUUCUUCCAGCUUAGACGCUGCACCGCUUAGUAAAAUGUCAACGGUCAUGUCGUCCCUCCUUUUCAGUAUUAAUUGAAUUCAGGGCUUCUUCUCUUUCCCUUUCCCUGUUUGGUGUGCGUUUCUGAAGUGCAGUGCUGCAAUUGGGGAGGAUGAUGCAGUUUUGAGGGUUUCGAAGAAGGAAAGCAGAAUCCAGCAGUUUUAUGACUUGUUCAGGUGACUACAAAGAGAAAUGGCUGCUUCCGAGAAAGAUGAGGUGCCAAUGCUGUCAAACCUGUACUCAGAAGUGGAUGAACACGAGGAAUUCCGAAAUCGUAGGUUUUCAUCCAGAAAUCGGAGUGCAUCAAUGUCUAUUUCUAUGAAUUCCCAGGAAACCUAUGACAAUGAAAGUUAUAUGGGUCAUACUGGCCCAUUACGGACUGCAAGAAGAACACCAUUCAUGCAGAUGAGUGGUCCGCUAUACAUAAGCCGGAAGCAUGAGAGACCCACCCAAGGUGCAAUAAGGCCCAAAACAUCCGAGCUUACAGUGGAAAAGUAUCCUUCUUCUAAAGGAAUGGGUCAGCAUGAUUGGCCGGAUAACUAUGCUGGCAAAAAUGAACAUCUGUUGAGGUCUGGGCAACUUGGAAUAUGCAAUGAUCCUUACUGCACAACAUGCCCCACUUAUUACAAGUUAAACGGGCAACGAAAGACCUCAAAAUCUUCCAUUAUCUUUGACUCAAAGUUCCAUAAUGCUCUUUAUGGAGAUGCAAAGGGUUGGGCAAGAAGAAUCUUGUCUUUCCUGCAGCAAUAUGUUAUUGGAGUCAUGAAUCCCCAUGCUAAAGUUGUUCAGCGCUGGAACAAAUUCUUUGCCAUUUCUUGUCUUGCGGCAAUCUUCUUAGACCCACUAUUUUUCUUUUUGCUGUCUGUGCAGCAGGGUAAUAAGUGUAUAGUAAUCAAUUGGCCCAUGACAACAACACUCUUGGUUUGCAGAAGCUUGACUGAUUUCAUUUUCUUUAUUCACAUACUUCUUCAGUUCCGGCUGGCAUAUGUUGCUCCAGAGUCUAGAGUAGUUGGUGCUGGAGACUUAGUUGACCAUCCUAAAAAAAUUGCUCUCAAUUAUCUUUCUGGAUACUUUCUUAUUGACUUAUUUGCUGUAUUACCUCUUCCUCAAGUAGUGAUAUUAUUGAUCCUACCAAACUCUAUCGGAUCAUCUGGGGCAAAUUAUGCUAAGAAUCUUUUGCGUUUAUCUUUCCUUGUUCAGUAUCUUCCAAGGUUGUAUAGGUUCCUACCUUUGCUUGUUGGACAGUCUCCAAGUGGCUUCAUAUUUGAGUCAGCAUGGGCAAAUUUUGUUAUAAAUCUUCUCACCUUUGUGUUGUCUGGCCAUGUUGUGGGGUCAUGCUGGUACCUCUUUGGCUUGCAGAGAGUAAACCAAUGUCUUCGAGUUGCCUGUCAUGACUCUCACAUGGAUAUGUGUAAGAAAUUCAUCGAUUGCGGCCAUGGGAGAAACUUUAGCUCAGAUGAAUCAUGGCAUGAAUGGAGGAACAAUGAAAAUGCAACUGAUUGUUUCAGUGAAGGAGGUUUCUCCUAUGGAAUCUAUCAGCAAGCUGUUAAUCUCACCACAGAAAAUAGUAUCAUGACCAGAUAUAUUUAUUCAUUGUUCUGGGGCUUUCAGCAAAUCAGUACACUGGCUGGUAAUCAAACGCCGAGCUAUUUUGUUUGGGAAGUCCUUUUCACUAUGGCCAUCAUUGGCCUGGGCCUGUUGCUAUUUGCUUUUCUAAUUGGGAACAUGCAAAACUUUCUACAGGCUCUUGGACGCAGGCGGCUAGAGAUGUCCCUCAGGUGUCGUGAUGUUGAGCAGUGGAUGAGGCAUCGGCGGUUGCCCGAAGAACUAAGAAGGCAAGUUCGUCAAUCAGAAAGGUAUAAUUGGGCUGCCACCAGAGGGGUAAAUGAAGAAAUGCUACUUGAAAAUCUUCCUGAGAACCUUCAACGAGAAAUACGACGGCAUCUCUUCAAAUUUGUCAAAAAGGUCCGUAUUUUUGCCCUGAUGGAUGAACCUAUCUUAGAUGCCAUUUGUGAGAGGCUAAGACAAAGAACAUAUAUCAAAGGAAGCAAAAUUUUGUACUGUGGUGGUCUUAUUGAGAAGAUGGUUUUUAUUGUUCGGGGAAAAAUGGAGAGCAUUGGAGAAGGUGGUAUCAUACUUCCCCUGUCUGAAGGGGAUGUUUGUGGUGAAGAACUUCUGACAUGGUGCCUUGAGCAUUCUUCUAUCAAUAAAGAUGGAAAAAAAGUCCGGGUACCAGGACAUAGACUGCUAAGCAAUAGAAUGGUGAGAUGCUUUACAAAUGUAGAAGCAUUCACACUGCGAGCUACUGAUCUUGAAGAAGUCACCAGUCUUUUCACUAGAUUCUUGAGAAACCCACGUGUUCAAGGAGCAAUAAGGUAUGAAUCACCCUACUGGCGGAGCCUGGCAGUAACUCGGAUUCAAGUAGCAUGGAGGUAUAGGAAGAAGCGUCUAAGCCGUGCAGAAACAUCCUGUUGUGAAUCAAAUCUUUCUUCAAGGGAGUGACAACUAUUCUUUCCAACGUACAUUUGCUUGCAUAGUUUUUAUGUAAUAUGCCCUAGUUAUACAUCUACCUGCUAUUCAUUUAAAAGUUUCACUAGGAUUUUUGACCAGAUGUAGACCGAACUGCCAAAGUUUACUUAGAGAUCCCAGUCUACUACUAUACAGUGGUACUAAUUUUUUUCCCUGUCAUUCUCCUGUUCAAUGAUGUAAAAUGCGAUUCUUAGGCGCCAUUAUGCCAGAUGUUAAUUGCGAAGUUCAUCGUAUUGCUUGUAUUUGAAACAUCAUAAUCUGCUUCAAUUCACACCUGUUCUUCUUUUA